GCACCAUGGCCGUUGGCAAGAACAAGAGACUCACUAAGGGAAAGAAGGGAGGCAAGAAGAAGGUGGGUGAUCCCUUCCUCAAGAAGGAGUGGUACUCAGUGAAGGCUCCUACUAUGUUCUCCGUCCGCGAGGCCGGCAAGACUUUGGUCACCAAGACCACCGGUACCAAGAUUGCCUCUGAUGCCCUCAAGGGCCGCGUCUGCGAGGUCAACCUUGCCGACUUGAACUCCAACGAGGACCACUCCUUCCGUAAGAUCAAGCUGGAGGUCCAGGAGGUCCAAGGCCGCAACGCCCUCACCGACUUCCACGGCAUGGACUUCACCCGUGACAAGCUCUGCUCGCUCAUCCGCAAGUGGCAGACUUUGAUCGAGGCCCACGUUGACGUGAAGACUACUGAUGGGUACAUUCUCCGUCUCUUCUCCAUCGGCUUCACCAAGAAGCGCCCGGAGUCUGUCAAGGCCAACUGCUAUGCCAGCGCUGCUCAGAUCCGCAGGAUCCGCAGAAAGAUGGUUGACAUCAUGACCGCUGAGGCUUCCAAGUGCCGCAUGAGCGACCUCGUCAAGCGUUUCGUCACCGAGUCCAUCGGUGCCGAGAUCGAGAAGCAGACUCGUUCCAUCUACCCUCUUAAGGAUUGCUAUAUCCGUAAGGUUAAGAUCCUCAAGAAGCCGAAGUUCGACCUCACUCGUUUGAUGGAGCUCCACACCGAGUCUGCUGAGGAGGGAACUGCUGUUGACCGUAACGUCAUUCCCGAGUCGGAGGAGGCCAAGAUCCAGCUGUAAGCGUUGUACUCUCGUCAUCGCAACAGCAUAGUUUCUGUCGGCAUACUUCGAGGCUCUUGUAACGGUGCUAGGGAUAUUGGCUGGGAAGAAUUGAC